AUGGAGAUGGAGGGUUUGGACGCCAAUGUCCACCAGCCUGGCAGAGAAGAGCUCCUCUGUCUGCUGCCUUUGCCUGGGGAUGAGAUGUCGGGGCAAGACAGGCUGCAGAGCAGUAAACAGAAACUACAGAUACGGCUGAAAGAACCGGAACAUCUGAAGAUAAACAGAAUAGUGGUUGUGGUGCCAGAUUUUUUGUUUUCCUGGAAUUUUUGCUUCCCUCCCCUGUUUUUUUCUUAUAAGCCCUGGUCCUUUGGAUGGAGUUUUUGUCUCACCAGUCCCAUUUGGAAUGGAGGGGAGGCCAGUUUUGCCUUCAACAUCCUGAGCAUCACAGGCACCUCAGUGCAAUUUUCUGCUGCUGUUGCAUCUUUGCUCCUUGGCCCAUCCUGCUACUGCUGGCUGGCUGGGAUCACUGGGACCAGCUGCCUGGGUGCAGUUCUGUUCCCUUUCCCCUGUGCUGACUUCCCAAACCUCUGCAAAGACUCAUUGUGGUAUGAGUGA